AUGCAAGGCAGUAUGGGUAUACCCAGGCUAGAAGACUUCACAAUUGAAGACCUGGAGGUUUGGCAUCUAACGAGGUGCGGCUGUCAGAGUCAGAGCUGCAGCAGCAACAAGGUGAAGUCUGCCCGAACUACAGGAAUUUCAAAGGUGCUUUGCUGUGCCAUUCCCAUUGCUCAGAUCGCACUUGGUGCGAUACACCUGGAUGACUGUCCACGGCAGCACUACAUCCCCAUCUACCUGAUAGUGGUGGGAGUCUUUAGCCUGGUGCUGUCGGUGCUCUCCUGCCUGCCCUGCACCCAGGAGCCUGAAGAGGGCCCCUCCACCCCGCUCAGUCGAGCCUUUACCACCUGGAACUCCUUGACAUCCUUAUUCCUCUUCUGCUGGUUUAUUGCUGGUAAUGUGUGGAUAUACUCCAUUUAUAAGCCCAACUACAACAAGAACACAACAAAUGUGGAUCCGUACUGUGACAAGACACUCUACCUGUUCGCCUUCUGGACCACCACCGUAGUCUACAUCCUGCUGUUACUGUUCCUGCUGAUCGGCUGCUGUGUCUGUUGCUGCAUGUUUCUGUGCGGCCAAGCCGACCCGGACGACGAUGUCUAGAGAAAAAACAAACCAAUGAGGAGACGGGAUGCAUCUGAUGAGGCUGCACACAACGAGUCGACAACACAGGACUAAUAUCUUAAUAAGAUUUUAACACUGAUUAUAAAUAAUGUGUUUCCUCAAUGCUGAGCCUUUUCUACCUCCUGCAGAAGCUGUAGGGCUUUCUGUUUGUAGGAAUCUUCUCUCACUUCCUCUCCAAAAGUCACAUAAAAUGUAUCGCUGAAUACAGGAUGACAGGAUAAGAUGUCUGUUCUUUGAGUUGAUUUUAAGCUGUUAUUAUUAUAAUUUUUUACUUCAUUGCUCAUGUUUGUUGAUAAAUUGUGUCAGGAGAGACUCUAUAAAACAUGGUCAAGUUUAACCAAUCAUACUCCACAUUUUACCCAUUAUGCACUUUAUUAUUAGAGUGCUUUUCUUAAACAUUAUAAGCCUACAUAAAAUACUUUAUGAUCCAUAUUGCAGUGGUUUGUUUGGAACAUUUUUCAUGUUUUUUAAUCUCCACUUUGUAACAUUUAAUCACAGCACUUAUUCUACAGAUCAAACUAUCAGAUACUUUCACUGCUAUAAAUGAUGUACUAUAAAGAUAUAGUAUAUCAACCAUGAUACAAUCACAGAAAUGUUGUAUUUUGUCUCUGCAAAAUCAAUUAAAAGAGGAAGAAACA